GAGCUGCUGCUGCUGCUGGAGACACACACACACACACACAGGAGCUGAGACUGAGGAGGGAGCAACAUUUCUGGAUCAUCUUUGCAGGUGCAAAACCAGGAAGUCAGCAUGACCACUCUGACCAACGACAGGAAGCCUCUUGUGGAUUACGGCGUUCAGAUCCGCUUCAUCAAGGACCUUCACGACACAGGCGGAGGUUAUCCUGAUAAAUCCAGAGGGAGCACCAGCACGACCCCUGCUUCUAAUAAGUAUGGUGUUGCUGUGCACGUUCAGGGGAUCUCUGGACAGCCUUACGUUGUCCUGAAAGACGGCGAGAAAGGUGACUCUUAUGGCGUUCAGCUGAAUACUCCCACCCCGAGCUCAGGCCCGCCUUCGCCUUGCAGCAGCCUCCCUAAAACGAAUAAAGAACCAGCAGAAAUAACAAACCCCUAUAGCCCUGCUGUAAGUACAACACGCUCCCCUGUUUCUUCAACAGAGGAUGAGGUUGGGGAGAUUUUUGGGAGCCCUCAUAAAAGACCUCCAGGGGACGGUCAAGCGGGGACUCAAGGGGAGGAGGAGGGCGGAGCUGGCAGACAGCGAGAGAGGUCGAAAGCUGUACCCCAACUCAAAGCUAGCGACACGGAGAAAAACAGAGAUAGGACUAGUAAUGAGGAGUACAACGAAGCUGGGCUGAAACCUGUCAAAUUAAACGGCGUUGGACCAAAAGGGGUCAAACAAACCGGCUCUGGUUACACGGGCUCUUUGGGGAGAUACAGCGUGAAAAAACAAAACACAGAUCCCUCUUCAGAGUCGCUCCCAAAACCUCCAGCAUCAGCUAACGAGGAGCCAAUCGACACCAACUCUCUGGCCCCCAUCAACAAGCUCAUCAAUAAGUUUAACAGCGGGACGCCAGGCAGCGCCCCGCAGACGAGAGGCCGCUCCGGAGCCAGGCAGCGGCUCAGGUUUGACGAGCGCAGGCGGUCGAGAAGUCUUGAUGCGAGAAAAGACGUCCAGCCCGAGCUUCCCUCUCCCAGCUCUCCGACUCUGAAUCCCUACGCUGCUGUCCCCCUGUCUUCCUCCUCCAGUUUGCUGGCAUCAUCUGCCCCAGCCAGCGGCAGCCUGGGAAGCAGCCCUGCAUCUGUUUCCAAGGUGACGGCACUCGAGGCCCCCAAGCCGAGCUUUAAGCCACUAGGGAAGUUUGUUGCCAAGGACACCCAUCCAGCUGUGGCAAAAAAGCCUGAGAUAACUCCGAGGAGCCUGAACCACAACAAAGAGGUCAUCAGUGGGGAGGAAGCUCAAAUCAAGCAGGCUAUUUACAACAUCCUUAAAGAUGGCACCAGUGAGAGCGAGGGAUCCCUCAAACGAAAGGCCAACCUCGUCUAUGAGACAAGCAGCCGUUUUAAGAAGGGAGGAUCUGAUGGGAGCUUCAGAAAGGGAAACCUUGAGGAGCUGGAGGAGCAACUCAGUCGCUGCAAGAAAGAACUGCAGCAAGUCCAUGAUGAACUGGCCGAGGAGCGUAUGGCCAGAGAGAUGGCUGAGUCUCGUCUGCGCCUGCAGGAGGACCAGCUGGCUGAGCUUCAGGAGGAGCUGAGGAGGGUUUCGGAAAACUCACCUCACUCAGACUCACUGCAGACGGAUGUGAUGACUCUACAGGCCGACCUUGCUGAGGCCACCAUGUUACGGCAGCGCCAGGAGGAGAUUCUACGGCAGCGAGAGCGGGAGCUGACGGCCCUGAAGGGGGCGCUGAAGGAGGAGGUGGAGUGCCAUGACAGAGAGAUGGAGACUCUGAGGGAGCAGUACAGCCAGGACAUGGAGAACCUGAGAACGACCAUGGAGCAGGUCACACAGUCCCAGGAGCAGAUAGAAGAGGAGAGGGAGAGGGUGAACGUCUCCAUUUUGACGCUGGAGGAGGAACUGGAGAGCUGCAGAGAUCAAGGAGAGAAGUGGAAGUCGCAGCUGGACGUCACCAAAAAGGAGCUGCACAACACCAAAGAGGAGAGCGGGACGCACAUCAGCAGUCGAAUGCUGCUGAAAUCCCGUGUGGAGAGGGAUGAAUUUGAGUGCGAGCUGAGAGAUCUUCAGGAUUCACUGAAGAAGCAAAAUCCUGCAUCUGACGAUGGUUGUUCUUUAGCUGAGGAGCUUCGCUGUUGCCAUGAUGAUCUGAAGCGGUCUCGCACCGAUCUGGAAAAACAAAAGGACGAGCUAGACGAGAAGAGAGAGGCACUUAAAGCUCUUAAGAGAGCGAGCGGAGAGAAAGAGGCCGAGCUUCUGUCUGAGAUCAGCAGGCUGAAGGAGCAGGCGCAGAAAGACAAGGCCGAGCUGGAAAAGGCAUUCGAGAAGACAAAGGAGGGAAAUCUGGAUGAUGUUUCUCUCUUGAUCUGCUCCUCUCUGCAGUCAUCAGCUGUGUCUGCAGGAAAGACCGUGGUCGACCACAGCGCCAACCUGGAGCUCCAGGAAGCAAACACUCGCCUCAGAGAGAGGCUUGCCCGCAUGACGAGGCUUCACUCCAGCACGUCUCGGAGCCCGGAGGCUGAGGAGGUGGUGGAAGCUCUAGAGGAUGAGAACCGCCUGCUGAAGACUCAGAUGGAGGAGGCCAAGAGAAACGUCACCCGCCUGAACAAGGAGAGGGACGAGCUGACCCGGAGGCUGGAGGAGAGAGACCUGGAGAGGGACGCGCUGAAGAGGGGCAAGAGUGACCUGGAGGAGCAGAAGAGGCUGCUGGACCGAGCCCUGGAGAAGAUUAACAAAGAGAUGGAGAUAAUGAUGGGAGAUUCCCGUCAGUCGGUGGCCACCCUGCAGACACAGCUGGAUGACUACAGGGAGCGCUCGAGGAAGGACCUGCUUGAGGCCCAGCGCAACAGCAAGGACAGACUGGCUGAGCUGCAGAGGGCUCAGAGCAACCUCAAGGCCCAGCAGGAGGAGGUUUCCCGUCUGAAGAAGGACCUGCUGGUGUGCAGCGAGGAGAGAGACAGCGCCCAGUUGGACAGAGACCUCCUCAGCAACCGUCUCAAACACUUGGAGAGCGAACUAGAAACAGAGAAGAGCAGCCACACGGACCGUACCAGGGAGAUCAGGGGCCUGGAGGAUAAGAUUAAGACAAUGGAGAUCGAGCUGGAUGAGGAGCGGAGCAGCGUGGAGCUCCUGAACGACCGCAUCACACGUAGCAGAGAUCAGGUGGACCAGCUUCGCUCAGAGCUAAUGCAGGAGCGCUCAGCGAGACACGACCUGGAAAUGGACAAGAGCGCACUUGAGAGACAGCUGAAGGAGUUUAAGUCUCGUGUAGCGGACAUGGAGGGACAGACUCGGCCUUCACCUGCACUCAGCCUGCUGGAAAACAAAAUUCAAGAGUUGGAGGAGAGACUGCGCAGUGAAGAAAGAGAGAAGGCGAGCAUCCAGGCCUCUCAGCGACGGAUGGAGAGGAAACUAAAGGAGCUAAACGCCACAUUAGACCAGGAGAGAAGCCAACAUGUCGAGCAGAGAGAUCAGCUGUCUCUGCGUGUGAAGGCCUUGAAGCGACAGGUGGACGAGAGCGAGGGAGAGGUGGAGCGCUUGGAGGGAGUCCGCCGGAAGGUCCUCAGGGACCUGGAGGAGCAGCAGGAGCUCCAGGAGGCGCUGCAUGCCAAAGUCAACGCCCUGGAGACUGAACUAAAGAGGAAGUCACAGCACACACAUCGCUCAACCCUGGGCUCCUCCACUUUGAGCUCUGAGGAUGAGGACGGUUUCUACGACACCAACAUCACCUCGCUCCUGAACGAGAGCCACCUACAGACCACCAACUGCUAAAAGAUGAAUCAGAAAAAAAGCCUUUCUCCAGUGCAGACACUUGUAAGAUUUGAUCAGAGAGAGAGUGUAACUCAGGGCAUAGAGGACUCGCUUGUGUGUUGCCAUGCACUACAAACUUGCCUUGCAGUUCUUCGGUUUUAUUUUUAGCACAGCAGUCCAACAGAGACAGGUUGUCAGGAUAAUUAGAUUGCAUUUUUUUGAGCCUUCAGCUGUGAUUAUGAUUGCUUCACUGCUGUCAUUUUUUAUCUGUCUUGAGAUCCUCUGUUUCUGUGUGAGAGAAGAUUAACAGUUUCACUUAGAAAUACAAGGUUUUUCUCCAACUUGGCGCUUUGCUGUGUGCUCUUUGACUAUAUUUACUGUGGUUAGCGCAUUACUGUGGCAUGAUUUAUGUUCAGAGUUCAUACUUGCAAAAUUCAAACCAAAAAAUAACUUUAUAAAACCCUUAUUCUUAAUGUUCCAGUCCUGUAUUUUGCUUGUACAUGAUAAGUUACAUCUGUCAGUGUUGUUAGCAGCUCAGUGUUUCGUUUUUGUGUAUUGAAGGUGAUGUUCCGUUUAGUUUUUUUGUUUUUAAACUGAGCCUAUAUUUUUACACUGUAUUAGCCGUGCACACCUGUUUACUCAAGACAAUCAAAUAUGUGUAAAGUAGCACUGUGUGUCCUCAGAGAUUAAUCCUCUCCCUAUAAACUUUUCUACUUCGACCACCAUAUUUCUGCUGUGGUUUAAUAUAUUCCUGAGCUUGAUUCGUGUGCAUGUUUUCACUCUAAUGCCUUAAAAAGUAGCUUUAUUUUCACUUCAUGUUGUCUCCGCAUGUUUAUAUGCUGCUGCUGUAAUGGUUUAACUCGUAUUUCAUAUAUUCGCAUGUGAUCGUAUCUCAUGUGCAUUCCUAUUGAAAGAAUCGGUCGCUUAGAUUUGGUAUUGGUUGUAUUCCUCAUUUCUCUUUUUUUGUUGCACCUGGCUGUUAUAAAUGUUCAUUGUUUUCUCCAAAUGACAUUUUGAUUUUUGUUUAAACGUGUCACUUUUAAAAUUUGUAAUGGGCAACUGUAAGCAAGGACGCUACUAAAUGUAGAAUAUCUUUAUUAAGCUGCUGGUAACAUUUUUGACAGAUUUUGGACCAUGUGUACAAUAAAAAAAAGACAUAUUGUA